GUCAUCGCCCGGCGCCCGGAAGUUCGGUGGGGACGCUUCGGAGGUGCCGCGUGAGGGACUCCAGUUCAAUCUUGGAUUUAUAUUUUUUUUUAAAAAAAGAAAAGGCAUCAAGAUGUCACUGAAGAAAGAGCUCGUGAAGGACCAGCGGUUCGCCCGCAUCAACAAAGACCCUCGAUUUUGGGAAAUGCCAGAAAAAGAGCGCAAGGUCAAAAUUGACAAAAGGUUUCAGGCCAUGUUUCAUGACAAGAAAUUCAAGCUGAAAUACACCGUGGAUAAGCGGGGGCGGCCGAUCCAUCGCAGCUCCACAGAAGAUAUGAAGCGUUUCUACGCCUUGUCAGACUCCGAUGCUGAUCUUUCCGAGGAAGAGGAGAAAGCGAAGGGGGGAAAGGGAAAACCGAAAGGAGGAGGUGACUUUGGAAAGUCUGAUGAGAAGAACUCUGAGGCAGAAAAGAAAGUGAUCAAUGCCUUGUCAGUUUCAAAAUUAGAUUCUUCUGAAAGGAAAGGCAGCAAAAAGAAAUCCCUCAAGCCCCAAAAGAAUCUGAAAGGAACAAAUGCCCCUGAACUGCCACAAGAAAAGGGGGAUCUUGCUCCUAAAAAGCAGAGGGAAACUUCUGUGGAGAACACAGGUUUCCCUGUGAGAACGCCACCGAAGAUUCUAGAGGACUCUGCCAAAGCAACAGACGGCCGCAACAGAGGAAGACGUUUAGACCCUGAGAGAACUGAAUCAGCAAAGGAAGGCGAUUUCCCUGCCGCUCGCAUCAACAAAAAGUACGCAGAAAGUAAAAUAUGUAAAAAGGAGGAGAGCUCAGAGCCUGAAGAAUUAGCCGUCAGUGAACAAACCGAGGAGGAGAGCGAGUCAGAAGACAGCGGAGAUCUGGAAGAGGGAAGCAGUUCGGGAGAGGAAGGAGAAACGGCAGAGGAGAGCAGCUCCAAAGAUGGAGGAGAGACAGGAGACGAAAGCGAUGUGGACGACGACGAAGACGACAGCGGGCCAGAUUUGGCGAGGGGGAAAGGCAACGUCGAAACGAGUUCUGAAGACGAGGAGGAAGAGGAUUUGGCUGAGAUAAUGCCAAAGGAGCCGGAGUUUGUGCACGACUGGGGAGAACUGGCUAAAGACGCCCCUCGUACGGAUGAGGUCACCCGCCGGCUGGCCGUUUGCAACAUGGACUGGGACCGACUGAAGGCCAAGGACCUCUUGGCUUUAUUCAGCUCCUUCACACCCAAAGGGGGCGUUAUUUUUUCUGUCAAGAUUUAUCCUUCCGAGUUUGGGAAAGAGAGGAUGAAAGAAGAGGAGGUGAACGGGCCCACAGAACUGUUAAGCCUUCCCGCAGACAUCACGGAGAAAGACAGCAUUUAUAAGGAGAACCUGAGAGACUAUCAGUUCAAGCGACUGAAAUAUUUCUACGCUGUCGUGGAAUGCGACUCUGCGGAAACGGCCAAUAAAAUCUACGAAGAAUGCGACGGGCUGGAAUUCGAAAGCAGCUGUUCGUUUGUGGACCUGAGAUUUAUACCAGAUGACGUGACGUUUGACGGGGAGCCAAAGGACGCGGCCUCCGAAACGGACGGAGCGCCGUACAAACCCAAGUUCUUCACGUCUGCCGCCGUAGCAACAUCAAAGGUAGACAUCACAUGGGAUGAGACGGAUCACGAAAGAGUUACAUCCCUAAGCAGAACUUUCAAGAAAGACGAACUGCUGGACAUGGACUUCCAGGCAUACUUGGCUUCAUCAAGUGAGGAAGAGGAGGGGGAACAAGAGGAAGGUGUAACACCCUCAUCAGACCUUGAUGGGUGCAAACAUCAUCACAAGGAUGAAGAAGAACAAAUCGCCAAAUACAGGGAACUCCUGCAGAGUAUCCAGGAGAAAGAGAAGAAACAUCAAGAAACUGAUAUGGGCAUGGAGAUCAAAUGGGUUUCAGGACUUAAAGAAACCGCUGAGGAAAUGGUAAGAAACAAACUGGAAGGAAAGGACCAGCUGACCCCAUGGGAACAGUUUUUAGAAAAGAAGAAAGAGAAGAAGAAGAUGAAGAAGAAAAAACAGAAGGCCACUGCUGAGGAAACACUGACUGACGAUGAAUGUCCUUCUGAUGUUGAUCUGAACGACCCAUACUUCGCAGAGGAGAUGGGGAAGCCAGGUUUGAAUAAGAAGUCGCAGAAGCUCAAGAGAGAAGAAGAUGCCCAAGAAGAAGAUGACACGGAAAAACAUAAGGCCGAAAUGGCUCUGCUGAUGAUGGAAGAGGAGGAAGAGGAGGGAAGGAGGCACUUCAAUUACGACAAGAUCGUGCAGCAGCAGAACCUGAGCAAGAAGAAGAAGAAGCUGUUAACGAAGAGGAAGGAACUGCUGGAGGACAACUUCCAGGUAAAUGUUGCUGAUGCCAGGUUCCAAGCCAUGUAUACUUCUCACUUGUUUAAUUUGGAUCCUUCCGAUCCAAACUUUAAGAAAACAAAAGCCGUGGAAGAGAUUUUGGAAGAGAAGGCUCGCCGGAGACAGCAGGGAAAUGCAGAGGCGGCGAAAGGACGAGAGAGCAUGGCAGAGAGGGACGCCGUCGCUAAGAACUCUGUCGAUCCUGCGCUAUUGAUGCUGAUAAAAUCCGUGAAGAAUAAAACUGAAGAGUUUCAAGCAAGGAAGAAACAGAAAGUCAAAUAAAUGGGACUUCAUUUUUACUGACAAUGCGGAUGAAAGGCAGCUGUGAGUUUCUAAAGGAAUCCAAGCUAAUAUUUCUGGGGUAAACACCGUUUUCAUCCAGAACUCUUUAUUUUUCCAUCUUUUUUUUGCCAAUUCAGACGGGGAAAAAAUUAGUUGCCAAGUCGAUCUCGACUGGGCUUACUCUAAAAACAGCGUAAGACUUCCUUAAAACAAACUCCCGCUGUUUGAUUUUUUACAAAUCGACGUUGUCGUUUCUAUGUUAUGCCUGACCAUCUAGAGCGUCGGUGAGCUUCCAAUAAGUUAUUUUUUAAAAAAUUUCUACUUAAGAUUCAAGAGCUGAAAAGGUUGUAGGAUUCCCUCAACGUGUGACUUCACCACGCUAAGGAGAAAUACUGGAUUAUUACUUGAGUCCAGCGCACUUUUAAAACCUACAAAAUAUUAUGCUGGGCAUAAACUUUUGUGCGCGCGCAUAUAUCUGAAGAGGCGUGCAUGCACACGAAAGCUUACACCCGCAGCCUAAAACUUCGUUGGUCUUCAAGGUGCCACUGGACUCAAGCUGUGUUCUGCUGCUUCAGACCCACACGUCUAACCCCCGGAUUAUUAUUGCUCACUUAGGCAGUUAUAUAUAUAUAUUUUUUAAAAACACAAAUUCAUCCCCAAGCUUCAAAAUAAUUUAAUAAUAAUAAAUGGCCUCCCCAAGCUUCGAAAUAAUUUAAAUAUAAAAACUAAAACAACCAAGUGAAAUUCUAUUAUACGCUUUCCGGCUCAUGUAUAUUCAGUGUCCUUUGCACUUGGAGGUUGAUUGUCCUAUUUUCAUUGGCUGCACACUUAAAGUGGAGGGUGAAAUGUGAAAAUAAAAAUAUGAAAAAUUA